AGAGCGAAUAAACAACUAGCAGACACCGUUUUUAUCAGAGUGCAGUUACGUGGCGGAGAUGGAUCACCGCUCUUCAGCUGGUACUGUCUGGCAGUUGUUAUGAAAUUUAUUUUUGCUGUUCUGCCGCUUUCGAGCAUUCACAGGAAAUCCACACAAACUUGCUACUCAUCUCAUGUAAAGCCGAUUUAACAAGUUCUAUCAAAUUUGCCAUGGAAGCUUCAGUAUCAUCUUCCUCGGGGGCCAUCAGCAGAAAGCGUGUCAGGGAGGAGACGUCGCCUGUUCGCAGCAGCGUCAGCACUAAUUGCACCUCAACCAACGGCCUGUCCAAGAGUUUUCAUGCAGUGAAUGCGUCCAUCUGCAAGCCAGCGCCGUUCAGCGAUGAGCCGGACGCUAUUUUGGAACGCGACAGAUGCGAUUACAACGUCAAAAUCACAGUAGCUCUGGCCAAAUCUGGAAAUGCUCCUCGGCCGAUCAGGGUCUACGCAGAUGGCAUCUAUGACCUCUUCCACCAAGGACACGCCAGGCAGCUGAUGCAGGCUAAGAGUCUAUUCCAAAAUGUCUACCUUAUAGUUGGAGUUUGUAGUGAUGAGCUGACUCACAAGAAGAAGGGCAAGACGGUGAUGUCGGACGCUGAGCGUUAUGAGGCGGUCCGGCAUUGCCGCUACGUGGAUGAGGUGGUGCGUGACGCGCCGUGGGAGCUAGACGACGAGUUUCUCUCGAAGCACAAGAUUGAUCUGGUGGCGCACGACGAGGAGCCGUACACGACGGGCUCUGGCGUGGAUGUAUACGCGCAUCUUAAGGAGAGGGGCAUGUUUGUGGCCACAGAGCGGACUGAGGGCGUGUCCACGUCGGACAUUGUGGCCAGAAUCGUCAAAGACUACGACAUGUACGUCAGGAGAAACCUGGCUAGAGGCUACUCGGCGAAGGAGCUCAAUGUUUCAUUUCUCAGGGAAAAGAAGCUGAUGAUACAGGAGAAAGUGGACAAGCUCAAAGACAAGAGCAAGAAGAUGUUUGAGACUAUUGAUGAGCGGAAAACCGACAUCAUUUGCAAAUGGGAGGAAAAGUCCAGGGACUUCAUUGACGCCUUCUUGCUGCUAUUCGGGCGCGAAGGCCGACUGCAUCACAUGUUCAACGAGAGCAAGGGGCGGCUGAUGCACGCUUUGUCGCCGCCAGUUAGCCCAGGGCGUGCAACGAGGGAAGGAAGCACUUCUUCCAGCUCUUCAGGCGACUACGACGAUACGUCAAGCCCACCGCCCAAAGCAGCUCGCUACGAGAGGUACGCUCGUCGCAGGCAAAAGUUGGAAAACUCAAGCAGAGACUGCUCAGACGACGAUGACAAUUGAAUGUGAUAGACGCCCGAAUCCACCGCUGAUACCCGAUCUGGGCGAUGUUUUGCAUCCCGGGAGCCAGCCCUACAUGCAUGUUGAUUAAACUGUGCCGUUUGCGUCAAGGAGUGGCGAAAUAUUGUUGAUUUUGUUAUUGAUCGAUCUUUUUUUGGGAAGGAAAGGUCUUACACCUGAAAUUAUGACCAUAAUCAAAUUAAGGAAAGCGAGACUAUUUUUUAUUCAGUUAUUUGUAACGGGACGCGACGCUGAUGGAGAGAUGGAAUUACUCAGAAUCUGUCUGAUAGCCAAAUUUCUAAACACCAGCUCUCAGAUCUGCACUACUAGUAUUAUCAGUUGCAAAAUUCACUGAUUCCGAUACACACAAACACACACACACACUCUUCAAUUCAGAUUGUUCUCACUCUUCUGCAUACCUAGUUCCUGAUGCUUUGUAGCUUGUUGUUUACGUUUAAUUCUAAAAUCGUAGCGUUUAGUAAUUUAUUGAUUGAUGAAAAGAAACGUACUGAGCUCGACUUGAAAUAUUUUGUAGAACUUUUUGCAAUCUCCAUAUUUUCUGCAUGCUAAGCAAUUUUUCUAUUUUAUUCAAUAGUAGCCAUUGGAUUUGAAGUUGCGGUAGUGCCUCAUAAUGAUGAUCAUGGUUGCUAAAAGCGACAUUCCUAACAGACGACUGUUGAAACUUUUGCUCUUGUUUGAUUUCAUAAAUAGUGGAACUGUUGUAUAGUGAAGCAGUGAAAGAGUUUGUUAGUCUUGCUCACAAAUAUUUGCAACAACACAAAUUAAUGAUUAUUAUGUACACAGCAUCGAUAAACAAAAAGAGUGAUGGUAAAAUGUCUGACGAAAAAUAAAAAAGCGGCUACUCUAUUUCGAUAAAACGCAUUGCAAGAAGCAAGUUAUUGUGAAUGUAGCAAAAAUGUCAAAAUGCAUAUAACAUACUUGUUGAGAAAAUUUAAUCCUACAAAAAUAUUUAAACGCAUUCAUUUCAGAUGACCGUAUUUAGCUGAAAAAAUAUAAUAAAAAUGCAAAACAUGCUACCAUGUAUUCUAUUAUAGAA